AUGGCUCCGAGUUUUGAUAAUAGCAACUCAUUGUUUGAUUUUGUCGUAAAAAAGGGCAAUGGGGUUAAAGGUCUGGUGGAUUCAGGAAUACAAAAGGUACCUGACAGAUACGUCCAACCAUCAUUUGAGCGAAUAGGAAAGCUUGUUGUAGGGUCCUAUGAGAAUUCUUCGCCUAUCGAUUUAUCAAAGCUGGAUGGUCCUGACCACGACCAAGUGGUGGAGGCCAUUGUUAGAGCUUCUGAAACUCUUGGCUUCUUCCAAGUUGUUAACCAUGGUGUGCCUGUGGAUCUCUUGGACUCACUGAAAGAUGCGGCACAUCAGUUUUUUGCCCAACCUCCAGAGUCAAAGGCUGUUUUUUUGAAGGGAAUUAGUCCCAGCCCUCUUGUGAAGUAUGGAACGAGCUUUGCACCUGAUAAAGAAAAGGCUUUGGAAUGGAAAGAUUAUGUCAGCAUGGUUUACACUAAUGACUCAGAGGCUCUUGAGCAUUGGCCUAAAGAUUGCAAGGAAAUGGCACUUGACUACAUGAAAUCCUCAAUAAAGAUGGUGAGAAGGCUACUGGAAAUAUUAUUCGGAUAUCUUGGAGUGGAAGUGGAUGAUUCAAGAGUGGAAUCACUCUUAGGCUUAAAGAUGGUCAACAUGAACUUUUACCCUGCAUGCCCAAAUCCAGAACUGACUGUUGGUGUGGGGCGCCAUUCUGAUAUGGGUACUUUUACUGUGUUAUUACAAGAUGGUAUUGGAGGCUUACAUGUAAAAGUAGAAAACGAUACUGUUGAAGGUCAAAAAGAAGACUGGUUGGAGAUUCCACCGUGCCCCGGUGCUUUAGUUAUCAAUGUUGGAGAUGCAUUACAGAUCCUAAGCAAUGGAAGGUACAAAAGUGCUGAGCAUAGAGUUCGUACCACAAGCAAACAAGCAAGAGUGUCCAUACCAAUUUUUACUGUUCCAAGACCGACAGAGAAAAUUGGUCCACUGCCUCAACUGGUGGAACGUGAUGGAGUGGCUCACUAUAAAGAAGUAAUAUUUGAGGACUACAUGAACAACUUUUUCGGAAAAGCGCAUCAAGGAAAGAAAUCACUUGAUUUUGCCAAAAUCAAUUAA